AUGUCUGAUUCUGUUGGUCAAAUCAAAGACCGCGUGUUCGUGCACGCUCUGGCCACGGUCCGUCGACUCCCACGAACCGGGUCUUCCAGACCACCUCCCUCCGCCCGCUUACGUCUCUAUGGCCUCUAUAAACAAUCGAUGGAAGGCGACGUAGAGUCGAUACUGCCGAGGCCGACCCUUCCCUCGGUUUCACCCGAUCCCAACAAUUCAAAGUCAAAUAAUGUCCAUCGUUAUGCGUCGCGCGACCUACGAAUACGAGAAGCCGAAGCGGAAAUAGAGAAGUGGGAUGCAUGGCAUAGUUGUGCUGGAAUGUCACGUACGGAAGCCAAGAGACGGUAUAUCAGCACGCUGAUCGAGACCAUGAAAGAGUAUGCCAGUGGAACUCAGGAAUCCCGGGAGUUGGUCUCCGAGUUAGAAUUUGUGUGGAAUCAGAUAAAAAGCCAGAGUGGAAGCUCGGAAGAUGAAGAUGCUGAAUCACCUACGCGACGCCUUGAGCGGGCAGGGCUGAAACAGACCCAAAGGGUGGGCAGUGUACCGCCAGGCCCCAGCACCGGAGCAGAACGAGGAAAUGGAGGCUUGAGCAGGCUGACAUCCGAUCCGAAUCGAUUGAGAGUCUUAUCGCCUGUAUCUCAGCGUGAUAGCGAUGACAUUGUCGAAGGUGAAGAGGUGGAUCCGGACACCGAUGCUGUGAUCGGCCCUCUGUCUGCAACAGGGGACCCGGCUAGCGAUUCCGAAUGGAGAAGUCGUAUCGAGUCCCACCUACGCCAUCUAUCAACCGAGGUUGCCGCACUGCGCGAGCAGUUGUCCGCCAACCAUCUCCUGUCCUCACAGUCGCUUUCUCCGUCACUGACGUCCCGGCGAAGGAGGGUGUUCUACCGAAUUUGCGUCUGGGGGAAGUGGUUAGCGUGGGCCAUUUUCCGCCAGAUAUUAUUGGAUGCUGGCCUGGUAAUGCUCUUGAUCCUCUGGGCGAGGUUCAAGGGGUAUAAAGACCGCAGAGUGGAAGACUGGGUGAAACGCCGUUGGAGAGACGUUACGCAAGUACUGACCCAUUUGAGGAUUUGGAUCAGAGGGACAUUGCCCGCUUUUCAGACACGUGGUCUACCCACUGGGACAUAG